CGGCAGGAUGGCGGCGGACACGCAGGUCUCUGAGACACUAAAGCGUUUUGCAGGGAAGGUGACGACAGCCAGUGUGAAGGAACGGAGAGAAAUCCUCAGUGAACUGGGGAAAUGUGUUGCUGGAAAAGAUCUGCCGGAGGGAGCAGUGAAAGGGCUCUGCAAGUUGUUCUGCUUGACUCUGCAUCGAUACAGAGACGCAGCCUCCCGCAGGGCCCUACAGGCCGCCAUCCAGCAGCUGGCUGAGGCCCAGCCGGAAGCCACCACCAAGAAUCUCCUGCACUCUCUGCAGUCUUCAGGCAUUGGCUCCAAAGCAGGUGUGCCCAGUAAGAGCAGUGGCUCAGCUGCCCUGCUGGCCCUGUCCUGGACCUGCCUUUUGGUGCGCAUUGUCUUUCCCUCAAGAGCCAAGAGGCAAGGAGAUGUCUGGAACAAACUGGUGGAGGCGCAGUGCCUGCUGCUGCUCGAGGUGCUGGGUGGCUCCCAUAGGCAUGCCGUGAAUGGCGCUGUGAAGAAGCUCACCAAACUCUGGAAAGAGAACUCUGGGCUGGUAGAACAGUACUUGUCGGCCAUUCUCAGUCUUGAACCCAACCCGAAUUAUGCGGGCAUGCUGGGACUGCUGGUACAGUUCUGCACAAACCAGAAGGAGAUGGAGGUGGUCAGCCGACAUAAGAGUGCCCUUCUGGAUUUUUAUAUGAAGAACAUUUUGACGAGCAAAGUCAAGCCUCAGAAGCAUCUGUUGGAUAGCUGUGCCCCUUUGCUCCGAUACAUGUCCCACUCGGAAUUUAAGGAUCUAAUCUUGCCCACCAUACAGAAGUCCUUAUUGAGGAGUCCUGAGAAUGUUGUUGAAACUAUCUCCAGUUUGUUGGCAUCAGUGACUCUAGAUCUCAGCCAGUAUGCCCUGGACAUCGUAAAAGGACUGGCCAGUCAGUUGAAAUCCAACAGCCCGCGCCUAAUGGAUGAAGCUGUGCUGGCACUGCGGAACCUGGCCCGCCAAUGCAGCGACUCUUCAGCGAUGGAAGCUCUUAGCAAGCACCUGUUUGCUGUCCUUGGAGGCUCAGAGGGGAAACUGACUGUUGUGACCCAGAAGAUGAGUGUCCUCUCAGGGAUCGGGAGUGUCAGUCAUCACGUGGUGUCUGGGCCUUCCAGUCAAGUCCUGAAUGGGGCCGUGGCUGAGCUGUUCAUCCCCUUCCUCCAGCAAGAAGUUCACGAAGGCACCUUGGUACAUGCAGUAUCGGUCCUGGCUCUCUGGUGUAACCGCUUCACCACAGAAGUGCCCAAGAAGCUCCUGGAAUGGUUCAAGAAAGCUUUCAGCCUUAAGACCUCCACCUCUGCAGUGAGGCACGCCUAUCUGCAGUGCAUGUUGGCCUCCUUCCGAGGUGACACGUUGCUACAGGCCCUGGACUUCCUGCCCUUACUUCUCCAGACUGUGGAGAAGGCAGGCUCCCAAAGCACUCAGGUUCCCGCUGUCACUGAGGGGGCUGCUGCAGCCCUGCUGCUCGUGAAGUUGUCGAUGGCUGACACACAAGCUGAGGCCAAGCUGAGUGGUUUCUGGCAGCUGAUUGUGGAUGAGAAGAAGCAGAUUUUCACAUCCGAGAAAUUCCUGCUCAUGGCUUCGGAGGAUGCCCUGUGCACUGUUUUGCAUCUGACAGAGAGACUCUUCCUUGACCACCCACACAGACUCACCGGAAGCAACCUUGUUCAGCAGUACCACCGGGCUCUGGUAGCAGUGCUCCUGAGCCGGACCUGGCAUGUCCGCAAGCAGGCCCAACACACGGUUCGCAAGCUGCUGUCCUCUCUCGGGGGCUUCAAGCUGGCGUGUGGACUCCUGGAGGAGCUGAAAGCUGUCCUCACUUCUCACAGGGUACUGUCCUCAGAGGCUCUGGUGACUGAUGCUGGAGAGGUGACUGAAGUGGGCAAGGCCACCGUGCCCCCACGGGUACUGCAGGAAGCUCUGUGUGUCAUCUCUGGGGUGCCGGGGCUGGCGGGAGACACUGCCAACCUCGAGCAGCUGGUCCAGGAGAUGCUGAUUGUCUCCCACCACCCCUCCUUAGUGACCGUGCAGGCUGGACUCUGGCCAGCGCUACUCGCCAGGAUGAAGAUCGACCCUGAAGCCUUCAUCACUAGACACCUGGAUCAGAUCAUACCCCGGAUCACCACCCAGAGCCCUCUGAGCCAGUCUUCUAGGAAUGCCAUGGGCUCCCUGUCCCUCUUGUCCCCGGACCGAGUCCUUCCACAGAUCAUCAGCACCAUCACUGCCUCUGUGCAGAACCCGGCACUGUGCCAGGUGACGCGUGAGGAGUUCGCCAUUAUGCAGACCCCUGCUGGGGAGCUGUAUGACAAAUCCAUUAUCCAGAGUGCUCAGCAGGAUAGCAUCAAAAAGGCCAACAUGAAGCGGGAGAACAAAGCCUACUCCUUCAAGGAGCAGAUCAUUGAGCUGGAGCUGAAGGAGGAGAUAAAGAAGAAGAAGGGCAUAAAAGAGGAGGUACAGCUGACCAGCAAGCAGAAGGAGAUGCUGCAGGCCCAACUGGACAAAGAGGCACAGAUCCGAAGGCGCCUGCAGGAGCUGGACAGUGAGUUGGAGGCAGCACUAGGUCUCCUGGACACCGUAUUGGCCAAGAACCCAUCUGGCCUGACCCAGUACAUCCCGGUGUUGGUUGACUCCUUCCUGCCCUUGCUGAAGUCUCCCCUGGCUGCUCCCAGGAUCAAGAACCCCUUCCUGUCCUUGGCUACGUGUGUCCUGCCCCCUCGACUCAAGGCCGUGGGCACUCUGGUGAGCCAUGUGACUCUGCGCUUGCUGAAGCCAGAGUGUGCUCUGGAUAAGUCCUGGUGCCAGGAGGAGCUAGCUGUGGCCGUGAAGAGGGCAGUGAGCCUGCUGCACUCCCACACCAUCCCCAGCAGAGUGGGCAAGAGUGAACCAGAUGCUGCGCCAUUGUCUGCACCAGCCUUCUCCUUAGUCUUCCCGUUUCUGAAGAUGGUGCUGACAGAGAUGCCCCACCACAGUGAGGAGGAGGAGGAGCGGAUGGCCCAGAUUCUUCAGAUCCUUACCGUCCAUGCCCAGCUGAGGGCCUCGCCCAGCACCUUGCCUGGGCGGGUGGAUGAGAAUGGGCCGGAGCUGCUACCUCGAGUGGCCAUGCUGCGCCUGCUGACCUGGGUGAUCGGGACGGGCUCUCCCCGCCUACAGGUUCUGGCCUCAGACUCGCUGACCACCCUGUGUGCCAGCAGCAGCGGAGAGGAUGGCUGUGCCUUCGCAGAACAGGAGGAGGUGGGCGUGCUGCUCUCUGCCCUGCAGUCCCCGUGUGCCAGCGUGCGGGACACCGCGCUCCGGGGGCUGAUGGAGCUCCACAUGGUGUUGCCAGUGCCCGAUACUGAUGAGAAGAAUGGCCUGAACCUUUUACGGCGGCUCUGGGUGGUCAAGUUUGAUAAGGAGGAGGAGAUCCGGAAGCUGGCUGAGAGGCUCUGGUCAUCGAUGGAGCUCGACCUACAGCCUGAUCUCUGCUCCUUGCUGAUUGAUGAUGUCAUUUAUUAUGAGGCGGCUGUCAGGCAGGCGGGGGCUGAAGCCCUCGCCCAGGCAGUUGCACGCUACCAGUGGCAGGCUGCGGAAGUCAUGGGCCGGCUCAUGGAGAUCUACCAGGAGAAGCUCUAUCGACCACCCCCGGUUCUGGAUGCCUUGGGACGAGUUAUUUCAGAAUCUCCUCCAGAUCAGUGGGAAGCCAGGUGUGGCUUGGCUUUGGCCUUGAACAAACUAUCUGAGUAUUUGGACAGCUCUCAGGUGAAGCCCCUCUUUCAGUUUUUUGUCCCUGAUGCCCUCAACGACCGAAAUCCUGAUGUGCGGAAGUGCAUGUUAGAUGCAGCCCUCUCAACACUCAACACCCAUGGAAAGGAGAACGUCAACUCACUGCUGCCAGUGUUUGAGGAGUUUCUGAAAGAUGCACCCAAUGAUGCCAGCUAUGACGCUGUGCGGCAGAGUGUGGUGGUCCUGAUGGGCUCCCUGGCCAAGCACCUGGACAAGAGCGACCCCAAAGUGAAACCCAUUGUUGCCAAGCUUAUUGCGGCCCUCUCCACUCCCUCCCAGCAGGUCCAGGAAUCUGUGGCGAGCUGCUUGCCGCCUCUUGUGCCGGCCAUCAAGGAGGAUGCGGGAGCGAUGAUCCAGAGGCUGAUGCAGCAGUUGCUGGAAUCAGACAAGUACGCCGAGCGCAAAGGGGCUGCAUACGGGCUGGCCGGCCUGGUGAAAGGCCUGGGCAUCCUCUCACUCAAGCAGCAGGAAAUGAUGGCAACGCUUACUGAUGCCAUCCAGGACAAGAAGAACUUCCGCCGGCGAGAGGGAGCCCUCUUUGCCUUUGAGAUGCUCUGCACCAUGCUGGGGAAGCUCUUUGAGCCAUACGUAGUCCACGUGUUGCCACACCUGCUGCUCUGCUUCGGGGAUGGGAACCAGUAUGUGCGUGAGGCUGCAGAUGAUUGUGCCAAAGCUGUGAUGAGCAACCUGAGUGCUCACGGGGUGAAGCUGGUGCUCCCCUCCUUACUGGCCGCCCUUGAGGAGGAGUCCUGGAGGACCAAAGCAGGGUCAGUGGAGCUGCUCGGGGCUAUGGCGUACUGCGCUCCCAAGCAGCUGUCAUCCUGCCUGCCCAACAUUGUGCCUAAGCUCACGGAGGUGCUGACCGACUCCCACGUCAAGGUGCAGAAGGCUGGGCAACAGGCGCUCAGGCAGAUCGGCUCUGUCAUCAGGAACCCGGAGAUCCUGGCCAUUGCCCCAGUCCUGCUGGAUGCCUUGACGGAUCCCUCCAGGAAGACCCAGAAGUGCUUGCAGACCCUGCUGGACACCAAGUUCGUCCACUUCAUCGAUGCCCCGUCCCUGGCCCUUAUCAUGCCCAUUGUCCAAAGAGCCUUCCAGGACCGUUCAACAGACACACGGAAGAUGGCAGCUCAGAUCAUUGGCAACAUGUACUCCCUGACUGAUCAGAAGGAUUUGGCUCCCUACUUGCCAAGCGUGACUCCAGGCCUGAAAGCCUCCCUUUUGGACCCUGUGCCUGAGGUACGCACGGUGUCUGCAAAGGCUCUUGGGGCCAUGGUGAAGGGCAUGGGGGAGUCAUGCUUUGAGGACUUGCUACCGUGGCUCAUGGACACGCUGACCUAUGAACAGAGCUCCGUGGACCGCUCUGGUGCUGCACAAGGAUUGGCUGAGGUCAUGGCUGGUCUGGGGGUAGAGAAGCUGGAGAAGUUGAUGCCAGAAAUCGUAGCAACAGCCAGCAAAGUGGACAUUGCCCCCCACGUCCGAGAUGGGUACAUCAUGAUGUUCAACUACCUGCCCAUCACCUUCGGGGACAAAUUUACUCCCUACGUGGGGCCCAUCAUCCCCUGUAUCCUCAAAGCUCUUGCUGAUGAGAAUGAGUUUGUGCGGGAUACGGCGCUGCGAGCGGGCCAGCGGGUCAUCUCCAUGUAUGCAGAGACAGCCAUUGCCCUGUUGCUGCCCCAGCUGGAGCAGGGCCUGUUUGACGACCUUUGGAGGAUCAGGUUCAGCUCUGUGCAGCUCCUGGGGGACCUCCUGUUCCACAUCUCCGGAGUUACAGGGAAAAUGACCACAGAAACGGCCUCUGAAGAUGAUAACUUUGGAACAGCGCAGUCCAACAAGGCAAUCAUCACGGCCCUGGGUGUGGAUCGGCGGAACCGUGUGUUGGCAGGGCUGUACAUGGGCCGCUCGGAUACCCAGCUGGUCGUGCGUCAGGCAUCCCUGCACGUCUGGAAGAUUGUGGUCUCCAACACUCCCCGCACCUUACGAGAGAUCCUGCCCACUCUCUUCGGGCUCUUGCUGGGUUUCUUGGCCAGCACCUGUGCAGAUAAGAGAACGAUCGCAGCUAGGACCCUAGGAGACCUCGUCCGGAAGUUGGGGGAGAAGAUCCUCCCCGAGAUCAUCCCUAUCCUCGAGGAGGGCUUGCGGUCCCCAAAGAGUGACGAGAGGCAGGGCGUGUGCAUCGGGCUGAGCGAGAUCAUGAAGUCCACCAGCCGUGAUGCCGUGCUCUAUUUCUCCGAGUCCCUCGUGCCCACAGCCAGGAAGGCUCUGUGUGACCCACUGGAGGAGGUCAGGGAGGCAGCAGCCAAGACUUUUGAGCAGCUCCACUCCACCAUUGGCCACCAGGCCCUGGAGGACAUCCUUCCGUUUCUGCUGAAGCAGCUGGAGGAUGAGGAGGUGUCUGAGUUUGCCUUAGAUGGUCUGAAGCAAGUUAUGGCCAUCAAGAGUCGUGUGGUGCUGCCCUACCUCGUGCCCAAGCUGACGACACCACCUGUUAAUACUCGGGUGCUGGCGUUCCUCUCAUCCGUGGCUGGUGACUCCUUGACCCGUCAUCUCAGUGUGAUCCUCCCAGCAGUCAUGUUGGCCCUGAAGGAGAAGCUUGGGACCUCUGGCGAGCAGCUGGAAAUGGCCAACUGCCAGGCUGUGGUCCUGUCUGUGGAGGAUGAGACCGGGCAACGGGUCAUCAUCGAGGAUCUGUUGGAAGCCACGCGCAGCCCUGAAGUGGGCCUGAGGCAGGCUGCCACCAUCAUUCUCAACAUCUACUGCUCCCGCUCCAAGGCUGACUACACCAGCCACCUGCGGAGCCUGGUCUCUGGCCUGAUCCGCCUCUUCAAUGACUCCAACCCUGUGGUUCUGGAAGAAAGCUGGGAUGCCCUGAAUGCCAUCACUAAGAAACUGGAUGGUGGCAGCCAGCUGGCACUAAUUGAAGAGUUGCACAAAGAAAUCCGGCUCGCUGGGAAUGAGAGCCGAGGCGAGCAUGUGCCCGGGUUCUGCCUCCCCAGGAAGGGCGUAACCUCCAUCCUUCCAGUGCUGCGGGAGGGAGUCCUGACUGGCAGCCCGGAACAGAAAGAAGAAGCAGCCAAAGCCUUAGGCCUAGUGAUUAGACUGACCUCGGCAGACGCCCUGAGGCCCUCUGUGGUCAGCAUCACUGGCCCUCUGAUUCGCAUCCUGGGAGACCGCUUUAGCUGGAAUGUGAAGGCGGCUCUGCUUGAGACACUCAGCCUCUUGCUGGCCAAGGUUGGGAUUGCCCUGAAGCCCUUCCUGCCCCAGUUGCAGACCACUUUUACCAAAGCGCUGCAAGACUCCAACCGGGGCGUGCGCCUGAAGGCCGCGGAGGCACUGGGCAAGCUCAUUUCCAUCCAUGUCAAGGUGGACCCCCUCUUCUCCGAGCUGCUGAAUGGAAUCCGCAUUGUGGAGGACUCGGGGAUUAGGGACACCAUGCUGCAGGCCCUGCGGUUUGUGAUUCAGGGAGCAGGGUCCAAAGUGGAUGCGGUCAUCCGGAAAAACAUUGUCUCGCUCCUGCUGAGCAUGCUGGGACAUGACGAGGAUAACACACGGAUGUCCUCAGCUGGCUGCCUUGGGGAGCUUUGUGCCUUUUUGACUGAGGAUGAGCUUAACACUGUGCUCCAACAGUGCUUGCUGGCCGACGUGUCUGGCAUUGACUGGAUGGUUCGGCACGGGCGGAGCCUGGCACUCUCGGUGGCUGUGAGCGUGGCUCCCGGCAGACUGUGUGCGGGCAAGUACAGCAGUGACGUCCAGGAGAUGAUCCUCAGCAGUGCUGUGGCAGACCGGAUCCCCAUUGCAGUGAGCGGAGUCCGGGGCAUGGGCUUCCUGAUGAAAUAUCACAUCGAAACAGGAAGUGGGCAGUUGCCAGCCAAACUCUCCAGCCUGCUCAUUAAGUGUCUGCAGAACCCAUCCAGUGACAUCAGACUGGUGGCUGAGAAGAUGAUCUGGUGGGCAAAUAAGGACCCGUUACCUCCCUUGGAACCCCAGGCCAUUAAGCCCAUUCUGAAGGCACUCCUUGACAACACCAAGGAUAAAAACACCAGCGUCAGGGCCUACAGUGACCAGGCGAUUGUCAACCUCCUCAAGAUGAGGCAGGGCGAAGAGGUGUUUGAGUCCCUCUCCAAGAUCCUGGACGUGGCCAGUUUAGAGGUGCUGAGUGAGUGCCACAGAAGGUCACUGAGGAAGCUGGCCAGUCAGGCAGACUCCACAGAGCAGGUGGAUGACACCAUCCUGACCUGA